GCGAGUCCCAGCGAACUUUGCAAGUCGCGGCCCGAAUCGGCACUCACGAUCAGCGCAAGUCCCGCAAAGAUGCACUGGCGUCUAUCGGACCAUCUACCAAACUGGCUCUCGUUCUUCAGAACGCCGCCUGCGCGGACGGCCAAGCACGUUCUCUGGGGCGUCCUGCUCGGCGUCUCGUUCUCCAUCGCCUCAACCUCUCUCGCGCUCGAAUACCAGAAACGGAAGCGCCGACGCGAGGAGGAGGGUUUCGAGCCGCGGCCUAUCCAGCUUCGGAGCGACGAGGUCGUGCGAGGUGUGAUAGGACUGAUCGGUAACACGCCGCUGGUACGGAUAAACUCUCUGAGCGAUGCACUCGGUAUCGAGGUGCUCGGGAAGGCGGAGUUCCUCAACCCUGGAGGGAGUGUCAAAGAUCGGGUAGCGUUGCGAAUGAUCGAGGACGCGGAAGAGCGGGGUUUGCUCCACCCCCACACCGGCUCUCGCAUCUUUGAAGGCACAGUCGGCUCCACGGGGAUCUCCAUUGCCACGGUAGGGAGAGCGAAAGGUUACGAUACGACGAUAAUAAUGCCCGACGACGUGGCCAUGGAGAAGGUGCAAGCUCUGCAAGCUCUCGGCGCUGACGUCGAGCGCGUCAGGCCGGCGAGCAUCGUAGACAAGAAGCAGUUCGUCAACCUCGCGAAACAACGGGCCCUCGAUUUCGGCCGGCACCAUCACAAGGACGACAAGGAAGACAGGCCGCACCUGAUCCCUACGAGCUCGCAGUCGGUCAUCGUCACGACAUCCGCUUCUCCGCCAUUGGAGUCGGUGUCCUUAAAAGACAUGGAGGAGGUCGAGCACAAACCACGAGGCUUCUUCGCGGACCAGUUCGAGAACCGCUCCAACUUCGACGCACACUUUUCGGGCACCGGCCCAGAAAUCUGGAGGCAGACGGACGGGCGACUGGAUGCCUUCGUCGCUGGUGCAGGUACGGGCGGCACUCUGGCUGGUACCGGCCAAUACCUCAAGUCGGUUGAGCCCUCGAUCCUCGUCGCGCUUGCCGACCCGGAGGGCAGCGGCCUAUUCAACAAGGUCAAGUACGGUGUCAUGUUCGAUCGCAGGGAGGCCGAGGGCACCAAGCGGCGGCACCAGGUCGACACCGUCGUCGAAGGCAUAGGCAUUAACAGGCUGACGAAGAACUUCGAGCUCGCGCUUCCCAUUGUGGAUGAUGCGUUCCGCGUGACGGACGCGGAGGCGGUCGCAAUGUCGCGCUACCUCGUGCACCACGACGGCCUGUUCUUGGGCUCGUCGAGCGCGUGUAACCUCGUCGGAUGCGUCAAGCUCGCGAAGAAUAUGGGCUGGCGCAACGGCGAAAGGGUGGUGACGAUACUAUGCGACUCGGGCAGCCGACAUUACUCCAAGUUUUGGAACGAGGAUUAUCUCCGCAAGAACGGUAUUCCGAACGACCCCAGCAUUAUCGAGAACAUGUUGGCGACAUGAAUCACAGUCGUGGCGCAGCAACGCAUGCUAUGCCGCACAUGCAAUCGCUCAACGGGUCAAUUAAUGCAUGUGCGCGCCUGGCAACCGCGCGCAGGAAAGAGGAAGCGUUAAAUAACAUACCUCACUCAGUGUCCGCGCCCGGACCCUUCUCGCUUUCUGUACGGCACCGCCCGCCAUACCUGGGCUCCCGCGGUGGACGGUGCAACGCCCGAAAAUGAAUUGGAUAGGACUGCGCGCUGCCCUCUGCCCUUGAAGGAAUUCACGUAUCGCCCGUGCUCGCGGCGGGGCUUGCAUGUAUAUGCAAGAUUAAUCACUCCGUCGUCCUGUGCGAGAGCGGGUUUUCCGAAGGCGGGUGCCGCCGGCAUCAUAUCUAUGUGAGGUUGGUGUCGCACUCGGAGGAUGCCCCCUGUGAAUGGGAAGUUGGGAGAGAGAUCGACGAAAGCUACCGAUCAAAGAGCACAGAAUAAUGACCUCCGAGUCGGGCGGUACAUUGCUUGUCGCCUUCUCUCAAAGUGGGUUCCAAAGUGGGUUCCAGUGUGGAUUCGGCGUGAUGCAUAUGGAGUCGCACGUUAGUUGCACGUUAGGC